GGCGGGGCCGCGCCGUGCGAGCGGGGCCAUUUCAGCGUGCGGCACCGGCGGCCAGGCCGGGAUGUACGCCGCAUCCCGUGGUUGCCAGCCUGCCGCCGGCUGUCUGCCCAUUCGCCUGCCCGCGGGGCCGGGGCGCUGACUCGUUCCUGCGGUUCUCUUCACUCCUGCCUUCCCUCGCUCCCGCCUCCGGCAGCGCCAUGGCGGCCCCCAGCAGCAUCGUGCCCGUCAUGGCGAGUAAAACCAAGACGAAGAAAAAACACUUCGUGGCGCAAAAAGUGAAGUUGUUCCGGGCUAGCGACCCGCUGCUCAGCGUCCUCAUGUGGGGGGUCAACCACUCGAUCAAUGAACUAAGCCAUGUUCAAAUCCCUGUUAUGCUGAUGCCAGAUGAUUUCAAAGCCUACUCAAAGAUAAAGGUGGACAAUCACCUUUUCAACAAAGAAAACAUGCCAAGUCAUUUCAAAUUUAAGGAAUAUUGUCCAAUGGUUUUCCGAAAUCUAAGAGAGAGGUUUGGAAUUGAUGAUCAAGACUUUCAGAACUCAUUGACGAGAAGUGCACCCCUGGCUAAUGAUUCCCAAGCACGCAGUGGUGCUCGCUUUCAUACCUCUUACGACAAAAGAUAUAUCAUCAAGACUAUAACCAGUGAAGAUGUAGCAGAAAUGCACAACAUACUGAAGAAAUAUCAUCAGUUUAUUGUGGAGUGUCAUGGGAACACACUUCUGCCCCAGUUUUUGGGCAUGUACCGGCUGACUGUCGACGGAGUUGAGGUAUAUAUGAUCGUCACCAGGAAUGUCUUCAGCCAUCGCUUAUCUGUUUACAGAAAAUAUGACUUAAAGGGCUCUACUGUGGCUCGAGAAGCCAGUGACAAAGAAAAGGCCAAAGAGCUGCCGACCUUCAAAGACAACGAUUUCAUUAACGAUGGCCAGAAGAUCCAUAUUGAUGAGAACGACAAAAAGAUGUUCCUUGAGAAGCUCAAGAAGGAUGUGGAGUUCCUUGCUCAGUUAAAACUCAUGGACUACAGCUUGCUGGUUGGAAUUCAUGACGUUGAAAGAGCUGAACUGGAAGAAGUGGAGUGUGAAGAGAAUGAUGGAGAAGAAGAAGGUGAAAGUGAUGGGACCCACCCUAUUGGAACCCCUCCAGACAGCCCAGGAAACACACUGAACAGCUCACUGCCUUUGGCUCCAGGGGAAUUUGAUCCAGCUAUUGAUGUUUACGGAAUAAAAUCCCAUGAAAAUGCACCUAGGAAGGAAGUAUACUUUAUGGCCAUUAUUGACAUUCUUACUCAUUAUGAUGCAAAAAAGAAAGCUGCCCAUGCUGCAAAAACAGUAAAGCAUGGGGCUGGUGCAGAAAUUUCAACUGUUAAUCCUGAACAGUAUUCAAAGCGCUUCUUGGACUUUAUUGCCAACAUCUUGACGUAACCCACCGUGUCACAGAGGAGAGACACAAGACCUGGGGACAGCAGCACUGGCUACAAGUGUAGGAACAAAAAAAGGAACUCAGAGAAGCGCUCAUCUUGCAGAAAGCAACCCCUUUUGUUUACAUCUGCUGGCAAAGAUGACUGAAGUGGGGGUGGAGUACUCGCUUUAACAGCUGCCUGAUAUUCCCAGCAUAGUUCUAGGCUAUUUCUGACUCUUUGUGUGUGCAAAAAAAAAAAAAAAAAAGAAAAAAA